AUGCGCUUCGCUACCCUUUCCGUCUUGACCGCACUCUUCGCCGCUACCACGAUGGCUGUCGCUCCCCAGAGAUCCGUUAUUAUCAGCUUCCCGAACGAAACGCCAGACCAUAUCGUAGAAGAGGCCAAGGAGGGCAUCCGCAAGGCCAAGGGUGUUAUUACCCACGAGUACAACAUCAUCAAGGGCUUCGCCGCCCACGCCCCUGCCUCCGCUCUCGAAUUCGUGACAGCAAUGGGCGAGCAGUACAAAGUCGAGAUCGAGGAGGACGGCAUUGUAACGACUCAAGGCGAAGAGUAG